CAGAGGAGAGACAGAGACCCACACCCAGACCCCGCGAGAAGAGAUGACCAUGACCACCAUGCCAGAAAGUCUCAACAGCCCCGUGUCGGGCAAGGCGGUGUUUAUGGAGUUUGGGCCGCCCAACCAGCAAAUGUCUCCUUCUCCCCUGUCCCACGGGCACUACUCCAUGCACUGUUUACACUCGGCGGGCCAUUCGCAGCCCGACGGCGCCUACAGCUCGGCCUCGUCUUUCUCCCGACCGCUGGGCUACCCUUACGUCAACUCGGUCAGCAGCCACGCGUCCAGCCCCUACAUCAGUUCCGUGCAGUCUUACCCGGGCAGCGCCAGCCUCGCCCAGAGCCGCCUGGAGGAUCCAGGGGCUGACUCCGAGAAGAGCACAGUGGUGGAAGGCGGUGAAGUGCGCUUCAAUGGCAAGGGGAAAAAGAUCCGCAAACCCAGGACGAUUUACUCCAGUCUGCAGUUGCAGGCUUUGAACCGGAGGUUCCAGCAAACUCAGUACCUCGCUCUGCCCGAGAGGGCGGAGCUCGCGGCCUCCUUGGGACUCACGCAGACGCAGGUCAAGAUCUGGUUCCAGAACAAGCGCUCCAAGUUCAAGAAACUGAUGAAGCAGGGAGGGGCAGCUCUGGAGGGUAGUGCACUGGCCAACGGCCGGGCGAUGUCCGCCGGCUCCCCGCCCGUGCCACCUGGAUGGAACCCCAAUUCCUCGUCCGGAAAGGGCUCCAGCGGCAGUGCGGGCUCCUACAUCCCCAGCUACACAUCAUGGUACCCUUCGGCGCACCAAGAAGCUAUGCAGCAACCCCAACUCAUGUGAGGUAGCCCACCCGUUCCCGCCUGCCUCCUUUCUGUUUCCCCUGGUCCAGCCCCUCCUGCCUCCCGGUCCAUCCACCCCAUCCGUGUGCCCUGGACCCGGAGAAAGGCCCAGAGGGAAAGAAGAAGGGACUGUGAAGGCAGGACACCCACCGCCUUCUCAGAGCCCCUCUCGGUCUGGACUGACUACUUCCCUGGUCCCCACACUCUCCAGGCAGGAGCCCCUGCCUGGGCCGGGAGCGACCGCAGAGAAUGAUGUGGAACACAGUCACAGCCGCGGGAGACAGCCAGCGCAGCAAGGCAGCCCACUGGGCCCAGCCUGCCGGACUGGACCCAGGACCCUCACCCAGCUGUGUGGGACUAUCAGGAAAAAACAAAAGCAAUGUCGAAAAAGCAAAAGCUAUUUUCUGUCCUGUCCGUCUCUUGUCUCCUUUCGCUCUGUAUCUGUGCGCUGACAAGUUGAGGUCCUUGUCUGUCCGCUGUUCUCAUUCUCCGGCAUCUGAAAAAAGUCACCAGGUCCAGGAGGCGCGGUCCACCUGGCUGCCCAGUUCUGGAUACUGGGAUGCUUUCUCUUUUGAGACCUUUUCCUGGGCCUGCCCAAACAUCUGUGUAGCUUGUUCUGGAACUGGGGGAAAUUAGAGGGAGGGGGGUUUAUUUAUUGAGAAAUGGACUUCGCCUGAGGCUGAAUGUUGGCCAGUGCGUGGUUCUGUAGGACAGGAGGAGCGCACUGUUCAAACAUACCCAUUACUUUAAAUGCACUCAGAAAAAAACAGAUAAGCAGGACCUGGUGAUUUUUAACUUAUACAGUAACUUUUGUACUUCACUGGUAUAGAGAGGUUGGAGCUGAAUGAUUUGCAUAUUUUACAUUUCCCACAUUAUUUUAAGGAAGAAAUGAAGCCAACACAAUUUCUUGUCUUGAGAAGAACACUUAGUCUCCUUGCCUGGACAAAAAGGAAACUCUGAAUUCCCUCCUUAGGGAUAAAGAAAGAGAGGACCCAAGGGCAUCGAUGAGAAAACAGGCGGGUGUGAGCAAGUGCCCUAAUGCCAAUGGGCUUUAAAGAGAGUAAGACAAAAGCAGCUUUACCACAAUCCCCAGAGGCUCGACUAGAAUAAUUCCAGUCACCACUCCAAAUGCACAGUCUCCAGUGCAGGAUCUAAUCGCUGUACAUAUUAUUAUUGUUGUUAUUAAUUAUUAUUGUUAUUAUUAUUGUUCUGUAAACAUGUUGCACAAGCUUAGCUUUUUUUCCGUUCCGUUGUGUGUGGCUGUAAAACCUGAUGCUUUGUGAAAUGAGAAUCUUGACAUUUUACUUGUGAAAUCUGGAAAAUGUGAUCAAUUGAA